AUGGACACUCCUACCCCCCAAAAUGACGAGAUCCUCGUCAGAGUCCACGCUGCUGGAAUCACCGGCGACGAAAUACUCUGGCCCGAACCAUACGCCUGUGCAUCUCAUAUACCCGGCCACGAUAUCUCCGGUGUGAUAUCCGCAACCGGCCCCCAGUAUCGCGGUCCUUUAAAGGUCGGUCAAAAUGUCUUUGCGCUACUCAGUGCCGACAGAGGCCAAGGCCAAGCCGACUACGUGAUAUGUCUCCCCAACGAAGUUGCACUGAAACCAGAGUCACUUUCGCACGAGGAGGCGGCAGCCCUACCAAUACCGCUUCUCACAGCUUGGGAGGCAAUUGAGUCCCACGCCAAGGUCAAACCGGGUAUGCGAGUCCUCAUCACGGGGGCUUCUGGUGCAGUUGGGAUCAUGACGGUCCAGCUUGCACGUCAGCUAGCCGAUGCUCACGUUGUUGCGUUGAGUUCUCCUCGACAUCAUGAUUUGCUAAGGCGUCUUGGGGCGCACGAGGUGCUUGACUACAAUACUCCGGACUGGAAAAACCAGAUAGCUGCUGUAGAUUGUGUCUUCGAUACGGUUGGUGGUGACAUUCUGGCCCAGACGUGGGAAACUGUGAAGGAAGAUGGAACUAUUGUCACUGUCGGAGAUCCUGCACCUGCUUGGGCAUUUGGAAGAGGUGUGGCAACCGAGUCUGCCGAUCGCCCUCAUGUGCGCUAUUUCCACUUUAUCGUCUCCCCCAAUGCGGAGAACAUGACCAAGGCGAGUGAGAUGAUCGAUGCUGGUCGUCUUAAACAAUUGGCGGUCCGAUCUUUCCCUUUCAGUGAAGCGGUUGGGGCUUGGGAAUAUGCUAGACAGAGAAAUCGGGGGAACAAGGCAGUCAUUCAGUUUGUGGGAGGGUCAUCAGCUUAG